UAACGACGUUACUAGAGCAAUAAUGUGGUACAACACUAGCAAAUGUGACGUAUGCUACUAGGAGGCUAUGUUUUAUCUGUACCCUCACAUAUUUCUGGCCCACCCACACUUUGUUGAAUUUUGAUAAGAAAAAUAUUGGUUUGUGUUCAUCGUAAGCACGUAUCGUUGCCAUAUUUACUACAGUUAUGGUUGUGCGUCGAAACAAUUCGCGCUGUGAACGUGAUUUCAGUUCUUUCUCUAACGUAUUGUCAAUGUGAAACGAGUGUUUGCUGUGGUUUCGUCAGCGGGUGUUAACACCAGAAACAGUUACGUGUUUUGCAAUUAAUUCGUCCGCCCACUCGACCGUCGGUAGAAGCGCGUGUACGCGGCGUGCGUGAUGAUACUGGGUGCUAGAUAGUGCAGUUGAUUUGGGACAGAUUCGGAUAUGUCGCUCCAGAAAAGUGUUAAAAGUGCCGGAGGGGAUCGGAGCGAGCAGGCGGAUACCACUUCUAUAUGUUCCUCGGUGACCACCCAGCCUGACAGGCAUGGGUUUUUCGGAGGUGCUCAAUACAGUCCAGAACCCAAAAGGACCGUGUCACCGAGCACGAUACUAAAACGCGAGCAGAAAUGGCUGCGCAUGCUCAACAAGUGGGAGGCCUUCAUGAGCAAGAACUACAAGAAGGUGCGGGAGAGAUGCAGAAAAGGUAUACCAGCAUCAGUCCGUCCCAGAGCGUGGCUCUACCUCUGCGGGGGCGAACUCCUCAUGAAGAAGCACCCCACAGAAUACGAGGACCUGCUGGCGGCGCCCGGGGACCCGAAAUGUAUGGACGACAUCAGGAAGGACCUGCACAGGCAGUUCCCCUACCAUGAGAUGUUCAUCAGGGAAGAGGGGCCUGGGCAACAAGAGCUCUUCUCAGUCCUGAAGGCGUACUCCGUGUUCAACCCGAAGGUCGGCUACUUCCAGGCGCAGGCGCCUGUGGCGGCGUUCCUGCUCAUGCACAUGCCCGCGAUCCAGGCCUUCUGGUGCCUCGUCAGCAUCAGCGAUAAAUAUCUCAGCGGUUAUUAUAACCCUGGUUUAGAGGUAUUACAACGAGACGGCGACAUCCUGCACGCGCUCCUCCGCCGUACGGCGCCCGCCGUCCAUCGUCACCUCGUCAAGCACAAAGUAGAACCCGUCCUGUACGCUACGGAGUGGUUCCUAUGUGCCCUGACACGCACGUUGCCUUGGGACAGCCUUCUGCGUGUCUGGGACUGCUUUCUUUGUGAGGGUGUUAAGGUUCUUUUCAAAGCGGCUCUAGUGAUCCUAGCGGGCGCGCUCGGCCCCGCCAAGGUCCGCAAGCGCGCCGCCGGCCUCUGCGAGACGCUGGAGGUGCUCCGCCACCCGCCGGAGAGCGUUCUGGGCGAGGAGUACCUGAUGUACCACAUGCAGCGGUUGGGGCUGACCGAGGAGGACUUUGAGUUUGAGCACCAGAGGCAGACCGCGCGCCGGCGGGCGCUGUCUAAUAGGAGGUUAGUAUAA